AACACUCUUCAUUCUCUCUUUGUUUCACUACCAAACAAAAGAGAGAGAAAAACAAAAUUAUAACUGUUAGUAACUGCAAUAACUUCCAUGUUAAAACUAACAUCAAAAUGAUACAUGGAUAGUUUCUAUCCAAACACAUUGGUCACUGCAUGCAUGAUCUUGUUAACUUGAUGAUAUCUUUGAAGAUAUAGUUAGAGGACAGAAGAAAAUCGGGUCACAUUCAAUUGAAAAUGUGAUCAAAAGAUUGAAUCAGAAAGCUGAUUAGAGAUAGAGGUUUUCUAAGACAUGCCAUUGAAUGAGUAUAUUAUGGAUUGUGUGAGUUUACAUUAAACGUUUUGAGAAAAUCGCAAUGGAUUUCAAUGAUGGCUAUGUAUCGAAAGAGCAUCUCGAGCUUCAUCGAUCUGCAUCAGAAAGUGUUGAUCCAGUAACUGUUUCUCCUUUGCAACUUUCUUCUCCCAAGUCUCCAAGGUCCCCAAAGGCGCAAAUCAACGGAAGCAAUUCAAGUCCAAAAAAUAAUAGGCAAUCACAUUCUUCAAACGAUGGACGUCCAAAGAAAGGUGGUUCUGGUGGUAAAGGCACCUGGGGUGGAUUGCUUGAGACAGAUGACAUGAACUUACUUGACCCCAAUGAUCCGAACUAUGACAGCACCGAGGAAUUCGAUGAUUCAAAUGAUAAGAAAACGAACGCUGCAUUGGAAGAGUACAAGAAAAAAGCUACAAUAAUAGUGGAAGAAUACUUUGCCACAGACGACGUUGUCGCAACAAUGAGUGAAGUUAGAGAAAUUGGUAAACCAGAAUACAGCUACUAUUUUGUCAAAAAGCUUGUCUCAAUGUCAAUGGACAGACACGACAAAGAAAAAGAAAUGGCUGCAAUUCUCUUAUCUGCACUUUAUGCUGACAUAAUUCAUCCUUCACAAGUUUACAAAGGAUUCACCAAAUUAGUCGAAUCGGCUGAUGAUUUGAUUGUAGAUAUACCGGACACGGUUGAUAUUCUAGCACUUUUCAUAGCUCGAGCUGUGGUUGACGACAUUCUUCCGCCGGCGUUUUUGAAGAAACAGAUAGCAAACUUACCAAAUGAUUCUAAAGGAGCUGAGGUCUUAAAGAAAGCUGAGAAAAGCUAUUUAACAGCACCUUUACACGCUGAAAUCAUCGAGCGGCGUUGGGGAGGUAGUAAGAAUACAACAGUUGAUGAUGUGAAGGCAAGGAUAAAUAAUUUCUUGAAAGAAUAUGUUGUAAGUGGCGACAAGACAGAAGCUUUUAGAUGCAUCAAAGACUUGAAUGUUCCAUUCUUCCAUCAUGAAAUAGUGAAAAGAGCUCUUAUAAUGGCGAUGGAAAAGCGACAAGCGGAAACGCCGUUAUUAGACUUAUUGAAAGAAGCUGCUGAAAAAGGUUUCAUUAACACAAGCCAAAUGUCAAAAGGGUUCACAAGGUUGAUUGAAACCGUCGAUGAUUUAUCGCUCGAUAUACCGAAUGCACGCGGAAUACUUCAACAACUAAUGUCGAAAGCAGCUUCCGAUGGUUGGUUAUGUGUUUCAUCACUAAAACCACUCUCAAUUGAGCCUGAAAAGAACACAAUACAAGAAAAUGUUGCUAAAAGUUUCAAGAUGAAAACUCAAUCCAUCAUUCAAGAGUACUUUUUAUCAGGUGAUAUAUUUGAAGUGAUUAGUUGUUUAGAACAAGAGAACAACAAAAACUGUGGUGAACUAAAUGCAAUCUUCGUCAAAAAGCUAAUAACAUUAGCAAUGGAUAGAAAGAAUAGAGAGAAAGAAAUGGCUUCGGUGUUACUUUCAUCGCUUUGUUUUCCACCUGACGAUGUUGUCAAUGGUUUUGUGAUGCUAAUUGAAUCAGCAGAUGAUACUGCUUUAGACAAUCCUGUAGUUGUUGAAGAUCUUGCUAUGUUUCUAGCAAGAUCGGUUGUUGACGAAGUUUUAGCACCGCAACAGCUUGAAGAUAUCGGAACACAAUGUAUAAGUCAAGAUUCCAUUGGAAGCAAAGUGCUACAAAUGGCUAAGUCAUUGCUAAAAGCAAGACUUGCUGGUGAGAGAAUCUUGAGGUGUUGGGGUGGGGGUGGGGGUGGAAGUAGCAAACCAGGAUGGGAAAUUGAAGAUGUGAAAGAUAUGAUAGGGAAAUUGUUGGAGGAAUAUGAAUCUGGUGGUGAUAUAAAAGAGGCUUGUAGAUGCAUGAAAGAGUUAGGUAUGCCAUUUUUUCAUCAUGAGGUUGUGAAGAAAAGUUUGGUGAAAAUUAUUGAAAAGAAGAAUGAGAGAUUGUGGGGUUUACUUAAAGAGUGUUUUGAAUCUGGAUUAAUUACUAUGUAUCAAAUGGUUAAAGGCUUUGGAAGAGUUGAAGAAGCUCUUGAUGAUUUGGCUUUGGAUGUUCCUGAUGCUAAGAAUCAGUUUGCAUAUUAUGUUGAAAAAGCAAAGAAUGAAGGAUGGUUAGAUAGUUCAUUUUGUUUCAAGAAUGCUACAGAGAAUGGCACAUGCUAAGUUUUUAUAGGUACGAAGUACACGUCACGAAACCUGUUGGGCAUACACGGUGGAUUCUCCCUUUUCAUCGGGUUUUUUUUUUAGAUGCAAGAGUCGCAAAUCGGACUUCAGACCACUUGUUUAAGGUGUUCAAGUGUCUUACCACUCAGAAGAACCACAUGUUAAGAUUAGUUUUUUGUUAUCUUUGUUUUUAAAUUUACACUUAUGAAGGCAUAAAUUUGCAUGCUCCAUUGAUUCAUAA